AUGACUUCGUUGAUGAAGAAAGAGAAGAAGUUCGAGUGGACUGAUGAGUGUGAACAUGCCUUCAUGACUUUGAAGGAAAGGUUAACUACGGCCCCUGUUCUUACUUUACUUGACCCAAAGUUGGAUUAUACUGUUUACAGUGACGCAUCGAAGAAAGAAUUGGGUAGUGUAUUGAUGCAGGACCGUAAGCCCGACUUAAACAUGCGACAACGUCGGUGGUUAGAGUUGAUGACAAAUUAUGAUCUGGAGUUCAUAUAUCAUGAGGGACAAGCGAACUUGGUAGCCGAUGCGUUGAGUAGGAAGUCUAAUCCCUCGUUGUCCGCCUUAGAUGGAGUUGAAGAGUUGCAUCGGGAUUUUGCUAGAUUAAAUUUGGAAGUGGAUAAAGACCCGAAACUUUUGAAGUUAAAGGAACAGGCACGGGAAGGAAAAGCGGAGAGAUUCUUUCUUCAGGAAGAUGGAAGCUUGAGGUUCAAUGGUCGUUGGUGUUUGCCGACGAGGGAGAAAUCUUUGAAGGAACGUAUUUUGGACGAAGCACAUUGUACGAAAUUUUCAGUUCAUCCGGGUGGGUGA